AGCAAGGCAAAAAUUGAAGCAAUGAAGAGACCAGGUUUCAAAGGAAAAGAAAUGUUGCCUAGACCAGAGAGUCCCAGAUCCAGAUCUAGGCCAGCUCCAGGACCGACAAAAACGAGACCAGGUGUUGGUGGCUUAGGGAGAUCAACACAAAGUCCACUUUCACACGGUUCCACCAGUCAACACAAAACUCAUGUUCUCUUUUCAUUUCAACCUGAUCCUAUACUUGAAGCGGAAGAACGAGAGAGAUUAGCAGGUCUUAAUCAGAGGGAUUUUCUGAUUCACAGUUAUGGAAUCCCUGAAAAGGUAUAUUUUGCUAUGUUAAAAAAUGGAACUUUACGAGCAGAUGAUGAAAAAAAGUAUGGAGCGCGUCUGAAAAGAGAUUCAAUUCAAGAAGUAAACAUGAACACAACAAAAGAUAAUUUGAUACCUCCGUCGCAGAAAGCUGUUAUAAUCUCAAAGGUAAUUGUCUGAAAAUGAGAAUAAUUUGUGUCAACUAGUUCCAACAAUACAAUAUCUCGAAAAU